AUGGCUGUUCUGAAACAGAGUCACACCUGUUCCAACAGCUAUGGCUAUUCUGAAAGGUUGCAAACCUUUUCAGAAACAUGUGUUUUGCAGUCUUCGAGUGGUUCGCUGUUCAUCGGCGUUUUUGGUACCAACACUCCGAAAAUUCCUACAAGUUUCUUGAAGUAUCUGAAGGGAAACAACCAUAUUGAACAUGCAAUACUAAGAAGGGCUGGUAAGAAGUGGCUGGUGAAGGUGAAGGGGCGACGCCUUGAAGAUGGUUGGGAAAAGUUUGCAGAGGAGCAUGAUUUGCAAUAUGGGGAUAUCUUGGUGUUCAGAUACGAAGGAGAUAUGGCGUUUGAAGUUUCCAUAUUUCAUUCAAAUCAAUGUGAAGACGAACAAAAAGCCCAUAAUGUUGAAGAGACUUCCAAGAAGUUUGAAUUCAAAGGCAAACCAAACAACAGCAUCAAGUCAUCAAACAAGGAAUUUUCCCAUUCAGAAGCUGCUAUUCACAAGCCUUUUGGUCAUUCUCAUUUUGUAUGCACUGUUAGACCCUAUUGCCUCUCAAAAGAUAUCUUGAGUAUCCCUAAGCAAUUUGCAUGGGCAAAUGGUCUCAUCAACAAGAAAUGUGAUUUGAUUAUUAGAGAUGAAAGGCAAAGAUCGUGGAAUUUAAUAUUACGUUCUUAUAGUACUAAUGUGUAUAUUAGCGGUGGAUGGAAUAAAAUCCGUGAUACACAUUGCUUAAAGGAGGGAGAUCGUAUAAUGUUUGAAGUUGUUGCUAAUGAAAAGAAACCAACAUGGAAAUUUCAUGCCAAAUCUGGAGAGGAUGCUAGCAUCAUUCAAGAGGUUGACUGA